AUGAAGUACACAGACGGCCAAGUCACCUAUUCCUCCUCGCAGAUCAUCGACCUAGAGGCCAACAACCAUAAACCCUCAAUGGAAAACAUCCCCUUGUCGACUUAUGCCACUGCACAGGCUCAGCCAUGUGACACCGCCUGGCCAGGCAGUCCUGAGGAACAGACAAGUGAUCAGGAGCAAACAAAGGCGCUGGAACCGAGACCUACCCUAGCCCCUAGUGAGACGCCGCUCGUGCUGUGGAGCUUUGUUUAG